CUUAACAGCCUCAGUCCACCCCAGUAACAGCUAGCAAGUACACGUGUAGAAUAAAAACCUGAAAAAUUAUACGUUAAAAUAUUCAGUCUUCCGCCGGUUUUUGCCCCCCUCAGAGUGCUAAAAAAAAACUCGGUUUUUAUCAACUUUUUGUUGAAAUUUUUUUUUCUUAAAAUCGGUUUUUCAACCAUUGAUCCUUGACAGUCGGUUAAGAUGCGUGAAAUCGUGCACAUUCAGGCCGGACAAUGCGGUAACCAGAUCGGUGGUAAAUUCUGGGAGGUUAUCUCGGAUGAGCAUUGCAUAGAUGCCACCGGAACGUAUUACGGGGACAGUGAUCUGCAGCUGGAGCGCAUUAAUGUGUACUACAAUGAAGCCACCGGUGCCAAGUAUGUUCCACGGGCCAUCCUGGUGGACCUUGAGCCCGGCACCAUGGAUUCGGUGCGAUCCGGCGCCUUUGGCCAGAUCUUCCGACCGGACAACUUUGUCUUUGGACAGUCGGGUGCUGGUAACAACUGGGCCAAGGGUCAUUAUACAGAGGGAGCCGAACUGGUGGACUCUGUUCUGGAUGUGGUGCGAAAGGAGUCGGAGGGAUGCGAUUGCCUGCAGGGUUUCCAGCUGACCCACUCGCUGGGUGGCGGUACCGGCUCCGGAAUGGGAACCCUGCUGAUUUCCAAGAUUCGCGAGGAGUACCCCGACCGCAUCAUGAACACCUUCUCGGUGGUGCCCUCGCCCAAGGUGUCGGAUACCGUGGUGGAGCCCUACAACGCCACCUUGAGUGUGCACCAGCUGGUGGAGAACACGGAUGAGACCUACUGCAUCGACAACGAAGCAUUGUAUGACAUCUGCUUCCGUACUCUGAAGUUGACCACUCCCACCUAUGGUGACCUGAACCAUCUGGUUUCGGCCACCAUGUCUGGGGUUACGACCUGCCUGCGAUUCCCCGGCCAGCUGAACGCCGAUCUGCGCAAGCUGGCGGUGAACAUGGUGCCCUUCCCCCGGCUGCACUUCUUCAUGCCUGGGUUCGCUCCACUUACCUCCCGUGGAUCCCAGCAGUAUCGGGCUUUGACUGUUCCAGAGCUGACCCAGCAGAUGUUCGAUGCCAAGAACAUGAUGGCUGCCUGUGAUCCGCGUCAUGGUCGCUACCUAACCGUCGCCGCCAUUUUCCGUGGGCGCAUGUCCAUGAAGGAGGUGGACGAGCAGAUGCUGAAUAUCCAGAACAAGAACAGCAGCUUCUUCGUGGAGUGGAUCCCGAACAAUUGCAAGACGGCGGUGUGCGAUAUUCCGCCUCGGGGUCUAAAGAUGUCGGCCACCUUCAUUGGCAACUCGACGGCCAUUCAGGAGCUCUUCAAGCGCGUCUCGGAGCAGUUCACGGCCAUGUUCAGGAGGAAGGCCUUCUUGCAUUGGUACACCGGCGAGGGAAUGGACGAGAUGGAGUUCACGGAGGCUGAGAGCAACAUGAACGAUCUGGUCUCCGAGUACCAGCAGUACCAGGAGGCCACUGCCGACGAGGAGGGCGAAUUCGAUGAGGACGAAGAGGGUGGCGGCGAUGAAUAAGGAGUUCGUUUCACUACACUAUCUACACAAGGACUCAAACCAACAUAUAACACCAAAAGCUGGCUGACGACCACUAAUAAUGGAACACAUUUCACUGUUUUGCGGCUGGCACCAUUCUCAUUUAAAGCUUUGUCGAUUGUACAUAUUUCCUAUUGGGAUUUUUUCGAGAUUUUACCCAUUAACACUUGCUAACCACACACACAGGCUUUCCCCUUUCUUAAACUCUUGUUGCAAUUGCUGUGUAUUCUAGGUUUACAAAUAAACAUUUUGUUAACUCAUUUA